AACCGAAACCUUAUCUUCCCCACUGUUCGCCCAAUGAGCUCAUCGCUUCUGAUGGCGACGAUGAGCUCCCCCUCUUCCUCUCUCAUCCGCCUCAGAGCCCUACCAUCCGCGCCUUCACCAACCUCUAACCUUCUGCUCCCCGCCUCGAUGCUCCCUCGCCCCGCCUUCUCCUCCCGCCGCCGGGUCGUCUCCCGGUCACGUGGCAUCGGAGGCGCCCCUGUGGCGAUCCGCGCAAUGGCCAUCGACUCCGAUUACUCGUCGAGGAGGGGCGGCAGCAGCGAGCCGAGGGAGACGAUCAUGCUCCCCGGCUGCGAUUACAACCACUGGCUCAUCGUGAUGGAGUUCCCGAAGGAUCCGGCGCCCACGCGGGAGCAGAUGAUCGAGACCUAUCUCAACACUCUCGCCACCGUCCUGGGAAGCAUGGAAGAAGCCAAGAAGAACAUGUAUGCUUUCAGCACAACCACAUAUACUGGAUUCCAGUGCACUGUAUCUGAAGAAACAUCAGAAAAAUUUAAAGGUUUACCAGGAGUCCUCUGGGUACUGCCCGAUUCAUACAUUGAUGUGAAGAACAAAGAUUAUGGAGGUGAUAAAUACAUAAAUGGGGAGAUAAUCCCAUGUACAUAUCCUACUUAUCAACCGAAGCAACGUGGAUCAAAGAACGAAAGCAGAAAAUAUGUGAGGCGGAGGGAUGGCCCUCCACCAGAACGCAGAAGACCGGCUGGAGAAACCCCUCAGGCUGGGUCUGCUUCCGCAUGAGGCAUGAUCUCUGCAUGACCUUCUAUUAUGUCUCAUUCGUAGAAAUAUCAUUUUCAUACCUCUAAUGUCAUAUUUUGUAGGCAUCAAUUGGUGUCGGAUAAAACAGUGACAAUCGGUCAACUAUAUACUUUUAUGCAUGAAGUAUGCCAUUUCUUGCUAGGGUAAUCUAAAGGUGUGCAUUGAGCUGUGUGGUUGAUUUAUUUACGUCUCUACUUCGUCAGGUUUAUGUCCAUAUAGCUCUAGUGAUCUGAUCAAGAGUUGUAAGCUCCUUUGUAUGAACCGAGAUGUGAAGCUGAUGAUCAAACUAAGUCCUAUUUUGGCAUAUCUCUGGUCAUUUGGUAGCAAGCUGAUGUGUUAUUGUAAUAUUCAUAUCAGACUUAUAAAGCUAGUUGAGCCUAUCGUAACUUAA